GUGAAUUCAGAAACUGGCUAAAACGACGAUUGCGAAGCCUCCUUUUGUCUCCAUAAACAAAAAUCUCCACUCCAAAAAUCACGAAGGUAGGAAUGGGGAGAGGGAAGAUAGUGAUUAGGAGGAUCGACAACUCGACGAGCAGGCAAGUGACGUUUUCGAAGAGGAGGAAUGGAUUGCUGAAGAAAGCGAAGGAGCUGGCGAUCCUCUGCGAUGCGGAGGUCGGAGUGAUGAUCUUCUCGAGCACUGGCAAGCUCUAUGAUUUCGCUAGCACCAGGUCCUUCUAA